AUGGGCCUCGCCGACCUCAAGACCCGCUGUCGCCGGGACUAUCCAUACCUGCUGGAGUAUAGAACCAGAUGGAACGACAACGACAUGUACGAUCACAUGAACAACUCAGUAUAUAACUUCUUAUUCGACUCGGCCGUGAACAGCUAUCUGGUCGAAAAGUGUGGCAUUCACCCCCCUACAUCACCUCAGUACGGCCUGGCAGUGCACUCCCACACGGACUUCUUGGCUUCCAUUGCCUACCCGGCCGUGGCGGAGGUCGGCGUGCGCGUAAUCAAGCUCGGGAACUCGAGCGUAACCUACGAAGUGGCCCUGUUCGAAAAGGGCUGUGACGAGGUCAAGGCUGUGGGAGGCUUUGUGCAUGUGUUUGUUGAGAGGGCCACGGGGAGACCCCCCAAAAACGGCAUAAAUACCCAACUACGGGAAGCAUUGGGUAAAAUUCACUUGGGACCUGUCGUCCCACCAAAGGAGGCAAGCAAGCUUUGA